AUGGCAAUGUUUGAUUUAAACGACCAAUUGAAGCAGUUUGAAGAAGAAUAUGGGAAGGAGCGCCGAUUUUGCUCUAAAGAAGAAUUUCUGGCAAUCAAUGAUACGCCAAACAAAGAUGGUCUUCCCAAAAGACUCUGCAAUUUAUACAUAAUAUUCGAAAAAGAAUAUAUUAAGAUGAUUAAAGAACAAGAAAAUUUUGUCCAUACUACUGGAGGAGGACAAAUGCUUAUCAAACGGGCGGCGGAAAAAUGGAAAACCCUCGAACCCUCCCAAAAGCGUAUAUACGAACUUGCGGCUGAAAUAAGAAAAGAAAUCUUCAUGAAAAAGAAUCCUAACUACAAGUACCAGCCAAGAAGCUAUGGUCGAGAAUGA